CCGAAAGCAACAGCACGCACGGACAGAAAGACGAACGGACACCCAUCAGCGUCCGACGACGAAACACCACCGUCAAACGAAAUAUGGAGCUUACGAAGUCUACGCGCAACGUUCUGUGAUUGAACCCGGCCGGAAAAAGCUCCCGUUCCCUGGACAUGCCGCGCCGAGGCUGCCGCCGACGCGGCGGGAAGAAGACAGCCGGAGAUUGACCGUCGCCAGCCGGCCGAGCCUCAGGGCGCCUGCGAUGACUCGAUUCUGCUGACACGCUGACCGUGGUCCGGGCGCCGCCAUGCUGAUCAAGGAGUACCGCAUCCCCAUGCCGAUGAGCGUGGACGAGUAUCGCAUAGCUCAGCUCUACAUGAUACAGAAAAAGAGCCGCGAAGAGAGCUGCGGCGAGGGCAGCGGCGUGGAGAUCCUGGAGAACAAACCCUACCAGGACGGGCCCGGCGGUUCGGGCCAGUACACCCACAAGGUUUACCACAUCGGCAAGCACAUCCCGUCGUGGUUUUGCUCCAUCUUGCCUCAGGCCGCCCUGCGCGUGGAGGAGGAGUCAUGGAACGCCUACCCGUACACACGCACAAGGUACACGUGUCCGUUCGUGGAAAAGUUCUCCAUCGACAUCGAGACGUACUACAUGCCAGACACUGGCGACCAAUCGGAUGUCUUCAGCCUGUCCUCUGCUGAGAAGAGACAGCGCACAGUAGAUCCCAUCGACAUCGUCAAGGAUUACAUCGCCCCCCACGAGUACCUGGCGGAGGAAGACCCCCGACUCUACCGCUCACUGAAGACCAGGCGAGGCCCGCUGUCCGAGGACUGGAUCCAGGAGAUCACCCGCAGUCCCGGCGACCGCUCGGUCAUGUGCGCCUAUAAACUGUGCAAAGUGGAGUUCCGUUACUGGGGCAUGCAGUCCAAGAUCGAACGCUUCAUCCACGACGUCGGCUUACGCAAAGUCAUGGUGCGAGCCCACCGCCAGGCCUGGUGCUGGCAGGACGAGUGGUACGGCCUGACCAUGGAGGACAUCCGGCAGCUGGAACUAGAGACCCAGCUGGCCCUCGCCAAGAAAAUGGCCCAGUACAGCCUUGGCGAGGAAGGCGUACCCGAGACCAACGGCCGCCCAGCCGCCGAGGACCAGGAAAAGGGGCUGGUCGUCGAAUCCGGAUCUCCCGUCGAGGCAGGCGGAGUCAAACCUGGGGCGGCGCUGGCUGGCCGUGGAGAGCUGACCAAGCAGUGGUCCACGUCCUCCAGAUCCUCCAAUAGGUCGUCCAAGAGAGGAGGAAGUCCUUCUCAUCACAGCCUGAGCGAAUGGAGGAUGCAGAGCAUCGCUAGGGAGUCGGACGACAGCACAGAUGACGAGUUCUUUGAUGCGCACGACGGUUUCUCUGACGGUGAGGAAGUGUUACCCAAGGAGAUCACGAAGUGGAGCUCCAAUGACCUGAUGGACAAAAUGGAAACCAUCGAAGUGGACGAGGUUCAAGAGUCGCUGUAUCCUGAGGCGGGCGGGGACUUUGGUGUCAUGACCAACGAGGAGACGCAUACCGAGCAGUGUCUUCAGCCGUCCAAAAUCCACGUCUUGAUUCUGGUCCUGCACGGAGGAAACAUUCUGGACACAGGAUCAGGCGAACAAAGCAGCAAGCAAGGUGACGUCAACACACUGAGCGGUGCCUUCGAGACGGUGAUGAGGGUUCAUUAUCCAGCCGCGCUGGGCCGCAUCGCCAUCCGUACCGUGUCGUGUCCCGCCGUUUGCGUGGAAGCCUUCUCGCUGGUGUCCAACCUGAGUCCGUACAGCUACGACGAGGGCUGCCUGUCCAGCAGUCAGGAUCACAUCCCGCUGGCUGCGCUGCCACUCCUCGCUACGUCAGCGCCGCAGUACCAGGACGCCGUCGCGGCGGUCAUUCUUCGAGCCAAUCAGGUGUACGCCGAUUUCAUCAGGUCCUUGGAAGGAGCCUCCUUCAACGGACAGGUAUGUCUGAUUGGGGACUGCGUAGGAGGCAUCCUGGGCUUUGACGCUCUGUGCAGUAGUUCUGUUCUGGUGUUGGAAAGUCCAAACAGCAGCAGGCGGGGUAGCGCCAUCAGUGUGCAGGACACAGAGCUGCUAUCUCCCGGCAUCGUCAUCAACAGCGCGUCGCUGGAAGGUAGUCGCCACCUCAGUCGGAGUAACAUCGACAUCCCAAGAUGCUCGGGGCCCGACGAUCCAAAGAAGCAACUCCCGCGCAAACGCAGCGACUCGUCCACCUACGAGCUGGACACCAUUAAGCAUCACCAGGCUUUCUUGUCCAGGUUAGGCGGGGACGAGACCCCGGCGCCCGUUGUGACUUAUCGCCGGAUUCAUUUGUUGUGUUUUUACAGCCUGCACUCCAGCGUGAUCCACGCGGAGACCUGUUCUCGACGCUCCAGCAGCAGCACCAUGCUGGAGGGCGGCUCCUUGGGCAAAUUUGACUUUGAGGUGACCGACUUCUUUCUGUUCGGAUCGCCUCUGGGCCUGGUGCUGGCGCUGAGGAAGACGGUCGUUCCAUCGUUGGACGUGACGGCUCUCCGUCCAGCCUGCCAGCAGGUCUACAACCUGUUCCACCCGGCGGACCCUUCGGCUUCCCGUCUGGAGCCUCUCCUGGACAAACGCUUUCACUUGUUGCCCCCCUUCACCAUCCCUCGCUAUCAGCGCUUUCCGCUCGGAGACGGACACUCGGCUCUCCUGGUGGAGACGGUGCAGAGCAACCCUCAGCUCCUGAUGGAGCCGGCGCUCCAUCGCAAUCACGAUACGGACAUCAACGAAACCUCCAUCGCAGUGCCUGUCCUUAACUGGCCGGCCUCCACAGACGCUGGAGCUCACAUUUCAGUGGACGCGGCCUACCCCGCGCCGUCCACGUCUCCGGGGGUCCCUCACAUCCGUUGCCACCGCCGAGCGAGUGAGGCCAGCCUGGCGAGCCAGGUGUCGGGCUUGGCCGACUCGUACGCCGCCUCCAACAUCGCCAACACCGGCCGGGUGAAAAAAAGGCCCAGCCUUCUGUCCCAGCUGCCUAAUCCCUACCGUAAACUCGUCUCCCGGACGCCUUCGUUACGCUCGCACCGGAAAACCCGGCAGGUGUUCCCCACCGCCGCCGAGUCGGAACUCGGCUCGGACGCCGGCUCGGAUGUCAGCGCUGACAUCGGCUCGCCCGUGGCGCUAAUAAAUUUGGAGCAAGUCGCCUCUCGCUGGUGGGGCAGCAAGCGGAUGGACUACGCCCUCUACUGCCCCGACGCCCUGACGGCGUUCCCCACCGUGGCCCUGCCGCAUCUCUUCCACGCUUCCUACUGGGAGUCUACAGACGUGGUGUCCUUUCUGCUUCGACAGGUGAUGAGGCAUGAAAACUCUGGAAUCCUGGAGCUGAACGGAAAAGAAGUGUCAGAGUUCACGCCAUCCAAGCCUCGAGAGAAGUGGCUGCGGAAGCGGACUCACGUCAAAAUCAGGAACGUGACAGCCAACCACCGCGUGAAUGACGGCGUGUACACGGAAGACGGCGCCCAGACGGUUACCGGGCGCUUCAUGUACGGCCCGCUGGAUAUGGUGACGCUUACAGGGGAGAAGAUCGACAUCCACAUCAUGACGCAGCCCCCCUCGGGCGAGUGGGUCUAUUUUGACACGCAGCUCACCAACAGCAGCGGUCGCAUCUCGUACACGCUCCCUGACAACAAGCGGCUAGGCAUCGGGGUGUAUCCUGUCAAAAUGGUGGUCAGGGGCGACCACACGUUCGGAGACAGCUACCUCACCGUGGUGCCCCGCGGGACCGAGUUCGUGGUGUUCAGCAUCGACGGUUCGUUCGCCGCCAGCGUGUCCAUCAUGGGUAGCGACCCCAAAGUGCGAGCGGGCGCCGUGGAUGUGGUCAGGUACUGGCAGGAUCUCGGCUACCUGAUCGUGUACGUGACGGGGCGUCCCGACAUGCAGAAGCAGCGCGUGGUGGCGUGGCUCUCGCAGCACAACUUCCCGCACGGCGUGGUCUCUUUUUGUGACGGCCUAGUUCACGACCCGCUCCGCCACAAGGCCAACUUCCUUAAGUGCCUCGUCGGCGAGGCCCAGAUGAGGAUAUUCGCCGCCUACGGCUCCAGCAAGGACAUUUCGGUGUACGCUAACGUCGGCCUGCCGCCGUCUCACAUCUACAUCGUGGGAAGACCCACAAAGAAGAUGCAGCAUCAAUGCCAGUUCAUUCCGGACGGCUACGCUUCGCACCUGUCCCAGCUGGAGUACAACCAACGUUCCCGUCCCGCCAAGUCGGCCAGCGCCCGCAUGGUCUUGCGUAAAGGCAGCUUCGGGCUGGGCGCCGCUUCGGGGGACUUCCUGCGCAAGCGCAACCACAUCUUCCGCACCAUUUCCUCCAAGCAGACCGGCGGCUCGCCCAAGCCUCCGGGCCGGACGGAGCGAACGCAGAGCCAGUGUGAGGCGGAGCGCGGCGCGACGGCACCGGCCGCGACGCAGAGGAGCAUGAGCGUGGCGGCCGGAUGCUGGGGACGCAGCGGGAGCGCCAAGGAGGGAAGCACAGGGUUACACGGCCCCAAAUGAGCUGGUACCGAAGGAGUGGACUCCACCCAACUGUGUAGCAUGACUCUUUUACACUAACACUUUUAUAGGAGGCAACGAGGGAGGGUUCGAUUCAUUCAUCAAACGGGCCUUAAGCUACUGCGGAAAGGGGAGAAUGAGCUUGGUUGUCACAUUUGAUGAUCAUGGUGGCUCUUUUUAAAACUCUGCUGUGAAUUUCGAUGAGUUUAUCAUUUGUAGACAUCCAAUUCACUUGAAGCAGGAGACGCUUCAAAUGGGUUGGACGUCUGGCGCUGUCACUGGCUGUGAAAGAGUUAAUGUCUUUAAAGUCGGAAUUGUGACUUCAUAGUCAGAAAAGUCAGAAAUCUUUCUUAAGUAGGAACUCUGACCUUCUGAGAAUAGUCAGAAAACACUAAUCCUGACUUUAAUUCUGCCUUAAAAGUCAGAAAACUAACAUUAAAGUGAGGAUUCUGACUUUCUGAGAUAAAAGUCAGAAUUCUGGCUUUGAAGUCAUGUCAGUAAAAGUCAGAGAAUAGUUAAUUUUCUGACUCAUCUUGACUUUCAGGUCUCACUUUAAAGUCAGUUUUCUGACUUUUUAAUUCUGACUUGAAAAUUAACUAUUCUCUUUUACUUACCUGACUUUAAAGUCAGCAUUCUGACUUAAUUCUUAUAUAAAUCUGAAAACUGACUUUAAAGUGACAGUUCUAACUUUGAGAAUUAAGAAUUUUCUCAACAAUCCUGACUUUAUAAAGUUUAAAUUCUGACUUUAUGCUGAGUUAAAACUUAAAAGUCAGAAAACUCACUUCAAAGUGAGUUCUGACUUUGAGAAGUUAGAAUUUUUUGCCUAAUUCUGAGUUUGAAGUCAGAAUUUUCUCAUUAAUCCUGACUUUAAAGUAGGAAUUUGCUCCCUAAUCCUUACUUUAAAGUCAGAAUUUUUUCACUAAUCCUGAUUUUUAAAGUCAGAAAACUGACUUUAAAGUGACAGUUCUUACUUUGAUAAGUCAGAAUUUACUGAAUAAUCCUGACUUUAAAGUCAGAAUUCUGGGUUUGUGCUGAUUUAAAAGACAGAAAAGUAACUUCAAAUGACUUCUGACUUUGAGAAGUCUUGACUAAUCCUGAGUUUAAAAUCAGAAUUUUCUCACUAAUCCUGACUUUAAAGUAGGGGUGCACGAUAUCCAUUUUUUGAAACCGAUAUCGAUAACUUCCUGCUCCUCAAGGCCGAUACCGAUAAUAACCGAUUAUAUAUAUAUAUAAUUUUUAAAUGUAUAUUCACCUGAGUUUUUUAACACUUGAGCGUAAAAAAUACUAGUGGAUUCAGCAUAGAUUUGCCUUUGACCUAACUUGAAUUUUCAUGAUGACAUGAACAUUAUUAUGAUGAACUAAAACAAAGACAAGAACAGUUUUGACUUCAAAUAAAGUGCCCAUAUUUAUUUUUUCAAGUAAAUAUAAUUUGAGUCAAUCACAAUCAGUCAAUGUCAUUGAAGAUGUGUUCCCUGAACAAUGAGCACUGAACUAAAACAUAAACCCAACAGGUAUUGUACUUUGUCAACAGAUAAAAACAUUCGGUGCAACAGGAGAGGAGACUUUUGUGGUCUUGGGCCAUGAAACAACUUUCUUAACCUGGCAAUUAUAGGACAGCAAGCCUAUCAAUAACCAAAAGGCCUCUCAAUAACUUACUAACAUAACUAACACUGAAAAAUGCAAGCAUUUGCUAAUUGCCAUUGUAAGGUUUAUGACUCAGUGAUGGAAAAAUACGGCCUCUAGAACAGUAACAAAACUUCGCAUUCUGGCAAAACAGGAGUGGAAACAAACGCACACAUCCCAAUCCACCGACACCGUGGCAAAAACAUUAUACAGUAUAUUAUCGGGCCGAUAAAUAAUGUUAUUGGAUUUCUUGGGAUGACGUCAUAAUUCCUAUUAUUGGACCGAUAAUCGUGCACCUCUACUUUAAAGACAGAAUUCUGAGUUAAUUCUGAUAUAAAUCGGAAAACUGACUUUAGAGCGACAGUUCUGACUUUGAGAAGUCAGAAUUUUCCCACUAAUCCUUACGUUAAAAUCAGAAUUUUCUCCCUAAUCCGGACGUCAAAGUGAGAAUUACGACUUAAUUUUGAUCCAAAAGUGAGAAAACUGACUUUAAAGUGACAGUUCUGACUUCUCAAAGUCAGAAUUUUCUGACUAAUCAUGCCUUAAUUCUGAUUUAGAAGUCAGAAAAUUGACUUCAAAGUGACAGUUCUGAAAUUGAGAAAUUCAAAUUUUCUCACUAAUCCUGAUUUUAAAGUCAGAAAACUGACUUUAGAGUGACAGUUCUGACUUUGAGAAGUCAACAUUUCCUCACUUUCUGGGAAUAGUCAGAAUUUUCUGAAUAACGACUUUAAAGUCAGUAAGUAAAAUUCAAUUUUAAGAAUGUCCUUUUUUUUCUUUCAUUGAAAGUCCAAAAUUCUGACUCGAAAGUCAGAUUUAGUCUGAAUUCUAACACUUUCUGACUUUUAAACUCUGAGAAAAAAGAAUAUCGUGCAACACCGCCCUCGUGUGGCGGAGUUAUUACAUCAAGUCUGACAACCAACCCAUAGGACAAUUUACCCUGUUCUCCCACACACGUACAUUUUCUAUAAAAAGCAGACCAAGCAGUCAAUAUAACAGCUCAGGUUCAUUUCAAUGGACAAAAGUGGCCAUAGUAACUCAUUCUUCAUUCUCUAUGGAAAGCUAUUUGAGGAUUUAUAUCUACAUUGACGUCCGCGCUAUCGCUAGUUAAUCAAUUCAGCUAGUAGUAGGAUUUUUUACGUGCACUCGUAGGACAGCUUUUAGCAUAGUCAUCGGGAUACGCCAUCUUUCUAGUGAGACACAGCUAGAAUAACUUUCGUCCCAGAUUUGCGCUGCGAACUAAGGAGUUCCGAUAUGAUCUUGCGGAUCUUUACCUGUCGCCGCAGGGCUUACCGUGGCUGUUGCACAUAGGGUGGCCAUUACCACAACAGCAAAAAGUAGGACUUUGUGGCGUUUAAUAAGAAAAACCGCAAUAUCAAACUACCAACAAUCGUAUUAGUAUCAUAAUACAGUUAUUUGAAGUAGUGUUGCACCAAUACCAUUUUUUGGGCUACCGAUACCAAGUGGGAACCUCUUGGUACCUUUUGAUACGAUUUGCGAUACAAAGCUCAUGAUAACGAUCUGAUGAUAUAGCGAUACAACGAUUUUCGAUACAUUGGUCAGGAAAUCAUUCUAGGAUAUUCUACAAAAAACUAAUAAACAGAAAAACAAGCUUCUGCUGUGAAUUGGAAUGAGUUUAUCACUAGUAGACGUCCAAUCCAUUUGAAGUGGGAGGGUGGCAGCGAAUGAACGAACGUUCGUUCAUUCGCUGCCAUCUUCACUUCACUGCCACUUCAAACGGAUUGAACGUCUAUGGCCGUCAAUGGCAGCCAAUGCCAGGCGAUGAGUAAUUUUGGGCCAUUUAAGGUCAUUUACCUGUUGAUUUUCAGUUACUUCCUGUUGAUUUUGGGGUAUUUUAUGGGUCACUUGCUGUUUAUUUUGCGUUACAGAACAGGAAGUGACGUGGGAAUCACCCAAAUGAUUAAGCAGUGACUCAAACUCAACAGGAAAUGACCUGUAAAUGCACUAAAAUGAAAAGCAAAUGACCUGCAAAUGCCCCGAAAAUCGGACCGAAUGACUGUGAAUGCUCUGAUUUUGAAUGAACAAACUUUCCCAGUCUAAAUGGAUUGGGCGUAGAGCACAGUCAAUGGCAGCCUUUUUUUAAAACGAUAUCUCGAUUCUUGACAGUAGCAUAUCGAUAAACUUUUGGGAUACAAAGUAUCAAGAUAUAUCACCAUUUCGAUAUUUUGUCACACCCCUAAUCAGGCGAUACCGAUACUGUAUCGAAACCUUUUUUGAUGCAGAUUUUUUAAAAUACUAAAUUACUGCAUACUUACUCGACUGUAAAGUAAUUGCUAUCAUAGCUUGGUCAGUUUGAAGUGGGAAGGUCGCUGCCACCCUCCCGCUUCAACUGAAUUGGACGUUUACUAGUGAUAAACUACUGAGUAGGAGGGUGCAUCUUGGCCAGAGGAAGAGCAAAUUUAAUUUUCUACUAGUAAUAAAAUUAGUGAACUUCACAGCAGAAUAUUGAUUGUACGCCACACGACUGACGUCGAUGGUCAUCUGAAAAGUUCACAUUUUUUUUACGUCUGGUGGCCAUCUAGGGUAGGACGACCAGCAGUUAAAAAACUAUAUCUCGAAAAGUAGAUAUUGCAUUUUCAUUUUAGCUAUGGCAGUAUCGGUACCGAAACUAGUAUCGGUGCAACAAUAAUUCUAAGGUCCGUUGUUCCAGCGAUUAUGGAAAAGGAAUUCGACAGCUUAUCACCGUCAGUGUUUUUUAAAGAUUUUUUUAAAAAUCUAUAUAUAUAUCUAAUAUUUUACUAACUACCACAGCACAUAUACGAAGCUAGGGCCAUAGACUUCAUAAUAUAUUGACGGGACACGGGGCCAAUUCAUAGGGGGGCCUACCGCCGUCAAAGCUGACCGAGUGGAAACGCUGAAAAAGAGUUUUUUAUGUUGAAAAUUAUUGUGAAUAAAUGCUUAAAUCCCAGAAUUUUUUAUAGAUAUGAACGUAAAACAGUCUCGAUUCAAAGCAAAAAAAAAAAAAAAACGGGCAGUUAGCAUUUAUUUUACGUAAAUAUGUCAAAUGUGAUGCUAGUCUUUUAGCCAAUGUGGCGCCGCCUUAUCACAACAAAGAGUUUUUUAUGAUGAAAAUUAUUGUGAAUAAAUGCUUAAAUCCCUGAAUUCUUUAUAGAUAUGAACGUAAAACAGUCUUGAUUCUUGAUUAAAAGCAAAAAAACGGGCAGUUAGCAUUUAUUUUACAUAAAUAUGUCAAAUGUGAUGCUAGUCUUUAAGCCAAUGUGGCACCACCUUAUCACAACUAAGAGCUUUUUACGAUGAAAAUUCUUGUGAAUAAAUGCUUAAAAGCCUGAAUUCUUUAUAGAUAUGAACGUAAAACAGUCUCGAUUCUUGGUUAAAAGCAAAAAACCUGGCAGUUAGCAUUUAUUUUACGUAAAUAUGUCUAGUGCAAUGCUAGUCUUUUAGCCAAUGUGGCGCCUCCUUAUCACAACAAAGAGCUUUUUCCAAUGAAAAUUCUUGUGAAUAAAUGCUUAAAUCCCAUAAUUCUUUAUAGAUAUGAACGUAAAACAGUCUCGAUUCUUGGUUAAAAGCAAAAAACCUGGCAGUUAGCAUUUAUUUUACGUAAAUAUGUCUGGUGCAAUGCUAGUCUUUUAGCCAAUGUGGCGCCUCCUUAUCACAACAAAGAGCUUUUUCCAAUGAAAAUUCUUGUGAAUAAAUGCUUAAAUCCCAUAAUUCUUUAUAGAUAUGAACGUAAAACAGACAAAGAGCUUUUUCCGAUGAAAAUCCUUGUGAAUAAAUGCUUAAAUCCCAUAAUUCUUUAUAGAUAUGAACGUAAAAUAGUCUCGAUUCAAAGCAAAAAAACGGGCAGUUAGCAUUUAUUUUACGUAAAUAUGUCGAAUGUGAUGCCAGUUUUUUAGCCAAUGUGGCGCCGCCCUAUCACAACAAAGAGCUUUUUCCGAUGAAAAUUCUUGUGAAUAAAUGCUUAAAACCCUGAAUUCUUUAUAGAUAUGAACGUAAAACAGUCUCGAUUCUUGGUUAAAAGCAAAAAAAAACGGGCAGUUAACAUUUAUUUUUCAUAAAUAUUGCGAAGUAGGACGCCAAUGCUGUAACGGCUAAUUUCUCCCAUUGAUUUUUUCCACGUUUCAAAAUACAUGCAUGGUACGAAAAAUAUAAUAAUUACCUUGAAUCCUCGAACAAAUCACUCCUGAGACAAUCCUUCCUGUUUGUAUGCGGUACAGCUUUCAUACUUUUUCAACCUAAAUCCGGCGUUAGAUCGCUGCGUGCGUGUUUGAGAAUAACUCAUCUUGAUGCUAGUUGUGGGCAGGCACCCUUACCGGAAGGCGUGGCACAGUGUCAGCGCCCCUUGUCCCGUUAAUAUAUUAUAAAAUCAAUGCUGGGGCUGGCAUAAAAAAACUACUUGGAAAUUUAAGUGCGGCCUAAAACAUCACAUGGGAAGUGGCUAAUCGCUAGCAUGCUAACAAAGCAAAAAUUGAAUUGAACUCACCACAUACUCACGAACACACUUCUGUAUUGUUUCUUACUGGCUAAGUAGGCGCCAUUGACUCGCGCUAGCUUAGCCACUCCAGAGCCCUGAAACUAACUAAUAACUUACCAACUGCACGGAAUUUGUUAAAAUCAACUCCACCGACUAAUUAAAUCCCCGCUAACUCGAAGUCACAAACAAAAAAAUGCUCAAACCGCUUUCCGCUCUCGUCACCACCGAUUUAGCAUACGGUACGUUGACCGCAAUAUAAACACUCCUUGAAAUAUUCAUCUGCCAUUGACGGCCAUAGACGCGAACAACUUUUCGCAACUAACGUGGCCCAACAAGGCUUUCUCAACCAACACAGCACCGAUCCCUUUAUAGAGUGCUUAGCUUUGCUAUACCUCUCAUCGACCUGCUGGUGGCGUCGUGGUCCUCCUCUGUACUGCUGCUGCUACUGCCGCUGCCGGGAGUUUCUACUUUUCGCUCCUUUUUCAAAAUAUUUACCGCUUGAAUGUUUAACGUGUAAUUUUCCACCUCUCGUUCCCUGUGGAUUUUCGGGACAAGCUGGCACUGAGAUGUUUACACUCCUCGCCAAUAGGGGGCAGCGUAUCCAAGGGAGAGUUGUCCUAAGCAAAACGCAAAAUAUCUUUACGAUUUGCGGGUUUCGCUCAAAUGUUUGAAAAAUUUCAGCGGCAAAAUUGUCAAAAUUACUGCUUUUUUUAAAUUGUUUUUAUACUGAUUGCGUUAAAUUUGACCAUAAUCUCAAUGGCUGCCAUUGACGCCAAUGGACGACCGAUGUUCAUUUGUUCGUUUACUAGUGACAAACUAAAAGAGUUUUAAUUUAGCCACACAACUUGAUGUCUACCAUCGAAAAUGGCAGUGAAAGCGUUAAAUCAACCCUCGAAUCGAAUUAUAUCGGCAAAUUUUGUAUCGUCCAAAGAAUAGGUGUCGAAUCGCAUCGUCAACAAAUUGGCGAUUUACACUCCCAAUUUGCUAGCAUGUUAGCGUUGCAUCUUUGUGACGUCUCGUUUUCUGAAUCUUGCGGUCAUGUUAGCCUCCCCCGGUGGAAGAUCGUGGUAUUACAAGUGAACCUGGUGCCAGCUUGUAGCGAAUUACACUUUCUGAAAUGGCCUUAAAAGAAGAAGAAAAUAAUGGACACUAUCGCUAACACUCCAGCGCAAAAGCCAAAUGAUCCUUUCACACUGUAGUUAAUCAACUGCGUAACCUCACUCGUCGGGAAAAAUAUACUUUUAAGUCUGUAGUGCAUGUCUUAUUUAUUUAUCGAUUUCAUUCAUUUCAGGGGAUUAAAAAAAAAAUAUUUGAUGGAAAUGUGCCAAAUAGCGGACAGUUCAUUUUUUAUUGUUAUUUUAGAAUGGGGGCGCUAUUGUACGAUGGAGUAUUAGGGACGAAGAAAACAAAAAAAUAGGACGACAAGAAUGAAUUAAGUCAUAAUGAAAUGAGAUUUCAGUUGUAAUAUUACAAGAAUAAAGUAAUACAUUGCAUUAUUACGAGAUUAAAAUCAUAACAUGACGAGACAAAAGCCAUAAUAUUACGAGAUUAACGUUGUAGUAUUACGAGAAUAUAGUCAUUCAUUGUAUUAUUACAAGAUUAUAGUCAAAAUAUUACGAGAAAUUAGUUGUAAUAUUACGAAAUUAAAGUUGUAUUACGAGAAUUAAGUCAUACGUUGUAUUAUUACGAGAUACUAGUCGAAACAUUACGAGACAAGUCAUAAUAUUACGAGAUUAAAGUCGUAAGUAUGACUACGAGAAAUUAGUUGUAAUAUUACGAGAUUAAAAUCAUAAGUAUAACUACAAGAAAUUAGUCGUAAUUUUACGAGAUUUAAAUCAUAAUAUUACAAGAUUAAAUUAGUAGUAUGAUGAGAAUAAGGUCAUACGUUAUAUUAUUACGAGAUUAAAGUCGAAAUAUUAGGAGAUUGAAGUUGUAGUAUAACUACGAGAAAUUAGUCGUAAUAUUACGAGAUUAAAGUUGUAGUAUUACAAGAAUAGAGUCAUACGUUGUAUUAAUAUGAGAUACUAAUCAAAAUAUUAUGAGAAUAAAGUCGAAGAAUACAAGAAAUUAGUCGUAACAUUACGAGAUUAAAAUUGUAGUAUCACAAGAAUAGUCAUACCUUUUAUUAUUACGAAAUUAAAAUAUUAAGUAUACAAGAAAUUAGUCGUAAUUUUACGAGAUUAAAGUCAUAAUAUUACGAGAUUAAAAUUGUAGUAUGAUGAGAAUAGUCGUACGUUAUAUUAUUACGAGAUUAAAGUCGAAAUAUUACGAGAUUGAAGUUGUAGUAUAACUACCAGAAAUUAGUCGUAAUAUUUUGCGAUUAAAGUUCUAGUAUUACGAGAAUAGAGUCAUACUUUUUAUUAUUAUGAGAUACUAGCCAAAAUAUGAGAAUAAAUUUGUAGUAUAACUACGAGAAAUUUGUCAUAACAUUACGAGAUUAAAGUUGUAGUAUUACAAGAAUAUAGUCAUACAUUUUAUGACGAGAUUAAAGUCUAAAUAUUACGAGAUUAAAAUUGUAAGUAUAACUACAAGAAAUUUGUCGUAAUUUUACGAGAUUAAAGUCGUAAUAUUACGAGAUUAAAGUUGUAGUAUGAGAAUAAAGUCGUACGUUAUAUUAAUACGAGAUUAAAGUCGAAAUAUUACGAGAUCGAAGUUGUAGCGAAACUACGAGAAAUUAGUCGUAAUAUUACGAGAUUAAAGUUGUAGUAUUAGGAGGAUAGAGUCAUACGUUGUAUUAUUAUGAGAUACUAGUCAAAAUAUGAGAAUAAAGUCGUAGUAUAACUACGAGAUAUUAGUCGUAUCAUUACAAGAGUAAUUACAAGAAUAUAGUCAUAGGUUUCAUUAUUACGAGAUUAAAGUCGAAAUAUUACGAGAUUAAAAUCUUAAAUAUAACUACAAGAAAUUAGUCGUAAUUUCACAAGAUUAAAGUCAUAAUAUUACGAGAUUAAAGUUGUAGUAUGAUGAGAAUAAAGUCAUACGUUGUAUUAUUAUGAUAUUAGUCAAAAUAUUACAAGUCAUAAUAUUACAAGAUUAAAGUUGUCGUAUUACGAGAAUAAAUUCACAUGUUGUAUUAAUACAAGGUUGAAGUCGAAAUAUUACCAAAUUAAAGUUGUUGUAUGAUGAGAAUAAAGUCAUACGUUGUAUUAUUACGAGAUUAGUCAAAAUAUUAGGAGAAUAAUCAUAAUAUUAGAAGAUUAAAGUUGUAGUAUUACAAGAAUAAAGUCACACGUAUUAUUACGAGAUGCCAGUCAAAAUAUUACGAGAAUAUUACGAGAUUAAAGUCGUUAAUAUAAAUACGAGAAAUUAGUCGAGAUAUUACGAGAUUAAAGUUGCAGUAUCACGAGAACAAAGUCAUACUUAGUAUUAUUAUAGGAUUAAAGUCGAAUGAUCACAAGAUAAAAGUCAUUUUAUUUCGACAAUAAAGUUGUAAUUUAAGUAAGAGAGAGGGAUCGUAAUAUUACGAGAUUAAAGUCGUAGUAUUAGUACCAGAUUAAAGUUGUAAUAUUAUGAGAAUAAAGUUGAAUUAUUACGAGAAUAAAGUCAUAGUAUUACGAUGUUAAAGUUGAAAUAUAUGAGACAAAAAUUGUAUUACAAGAUUAACGUCAUAGUAUAAAUACGAGAAAUUAGUAGCAAUAUUACAAGAUUAAAGUGACAGUAUUAGUACGAGAAAAAAGUGACAUUAUGGAAUAAAGUAAUAAGUUGUAUUAUUACAAGACAAACGUAAUAUUACAAGAUUAAAGUCAUAGUAUAAAAGUACAAGAAAUUAGUCGUGAUUUUACAAUAUAAAAAUCGUAUUAUUAGUACGAGAAAGUCAGAAUUGUAUUAGCAGUCUAGUACAAGAAAAAAUAUUACGACUUUCAUCUCGUAAUAUUACGACUUUGUCUCAUGUUAUUUGAACUUGUAACAUUAUGACUUUUGUCUCGUACUAAUACCACGACUUUAUCGUAAUAUUACGACUUUAUUGUAGUGUUACGACUUUAAUCUCGUAGUCCUAAUUUUUUUCCCUUUUUUUGUUUGGCCCUAAUACUCCAUCCCAAUAUUGUACAGUGUUACUAGACUUGAAAGAAAAAGUGACUUAUGCUGCAAACUAAAGGAGGUGUCGUUGCUGUCAAGAGAACUUGAAUGUGUCACUCGGUGUACAUACUGUAAAGAUGUAUUAUGAUGACUUACCUGCUCCAGAGUUAUUUGUUUACCUAAAUGAUCACCACGUAACCACUCCGUCCAUGCAUUUCAGGUGAAAUAUACAUAUAUAUAUUUGAAAUAUGGAAUAUCCUGGUGUCAAUCGUCAUUGGAGACAUGCUAAUAAAGCAAAACUUUUCAAGGCUCAUUUUGAAAACGGAUUGGCCAAAUGAUCAUCUAUUUGCCAACUGUAGUUAACAAUGGUUUUAUAAAAAAAUAGUUUUAUUUUUUAAUCUAACUUUGAAUUAUUUUUUUUUUCUAUACAGUACAUAUUUAAAGAUUUUACUUACCGUAAUUUUCGGACUAUAAACCGCUACUUUUUUGUGGUUUAUAGUUCAGUGCGUCUUAUUUGUUGAUUUAUUGGGUUAGUAGCCAACUCUUUAUUUGACGUCGGCGUCAUAAGACUGCCAUAAGACCGUAAUAGUUAGGACAUGGCACUAUCACAGGCAUUAAUGAAUGCUCAUGACCGAUGUCAUUAAGUGUCAUCCGGCAAAUUACAGUGGGGAAAAUAAGUAUUUAGUCAACCACUAAUUGUGCAAGU